AACAGUCACUAACACCAUCAGGGUUGAAACCUGACUGAGCAGCACAAGAUAAGAGCUACUGAGGAACUGAGCUUGAUUGGAAACCAUGGCCUCCACUGUCUCUGUGCGCAGCUACUCGGUGCGUCAGCCCUCCUUCUCCAGCAUGUCUGUGAGGGACAGCGGACGCAGCAUUCGCUCCAAGCCUCCUGUCCCCAUUAGCACACUGUCUCUGUCCCGCUCCGUGUCAAUGGGCAAUGGCCUGAACAUGCUGGGCUCCAGCCUCUCUAUCAACGGCCUCGGUGUCGCCACCAACGAGAAGGAGACCAUGCAGGGCCUGAACGACCGCCUGGCAAACUACCUGGACAAGGUGCGAACGCUGGAGAGGUCCAACGCUGAGCUGGAGGUGAAGAUCAAGCAGCUCAUGCUGGAGAAGGCUCCAAAAGGGCACGACAUUGAGGGGUUGAUGGCUCAGGCCCAUGUCAUCGGGCAGGAGGUGAGAAAGAAGACGCUGGAGAACGCCCGAAUCAUGCUGGAGAUUGAUAAUGCCAAGCUGGCGGCCGAUGACUUCAGGGUCAAAUGGGAGGCAGAAGCCACCUUGUGCCAGUCGGUGGAGAGGGACUGUCAGGCUCUGCGGAGAGCAAAGUCUGACCACGACCAGAUCAUCGCCACCCUGCGAGGAGACCUGGACAGCCUGAAGGAGGAGCUCUACUUCCUCAAGAAGAAUCACGACGAGGAGAUGAAUGCAAUGAAGUCCCGUCUGGCCAACGAGCAGGUGAAUGUGGAGGUGGAUGCGGCUCAGGGUCCUGAUCUCGGGGCCAUCAUGGCUGAGCUGAGGGUCCAGUAUGAGGGCAUCACUCGCAAGAACAAGGAGGAGGCCGAGGCCUGGUACCUCAAGAAGUUAGAAGCAGUGCAGUCUGAGGUCAAAGAAAGCAACGAGGCUUUGCGUUGUGCCCAAAGUGAGCUCAGUGAGAGGCGACGCUUCCUGCAGGCUCUGGAGGUGGAACUGGACAGUCUUCGGAAGCAGGUUGGUGUGUUGGAGGGAAACUUGGGAGAAACGGGGCACAAGUACUCCGUGGAGAUGGACCGUCUUCAGGCCACGCUGACCCAGCUGGAGGACGAGCUGUCUCAGCUGCGUUUGGACAUGCAGCGCAACAAGACUGACUACGAACAACUGCUGCGCAUCAAACAGAACCUGGAGAUGGAGAUCGCCACCUACAGGAGGCUGCUGGAGGGAGAGGAGAUGGUUAAAGAAACACCUCCACCUCCUAAAAAGGAUCCCGAUGUGAGGACCAGGAAGAUUGUAAAAGUCGUCACUCAGACGAUGAUCAACGGGAAGGUGGUGGAUGAGUCCAGUGAGGUGGAGCAGAUUGAGGAGCACAAAAAAUGAGCCAAAGUUUGUGAAGAGAAGAAGCAGUGAUGUCGCUUCAAGUGGAUCAAAUCUAUCUCACUAUGACCCUAUUUGUUUUAUGUUUACCUUAUAUUGUGUUUUAAUGCCCUACAUCUGCCAAAAAAUAGAAUGAACUGUAUUCAAAACAAGUUCAACCUAUCAGCAACACGAUAUAUUUCUAGGGAUGGGUAUCAUUUAAAACAUUACAAUACUUGCAGCUGUACCAGUGGCUUUAAAGUGAUACAGAUACUAACAGAGUACUUCAUUCGAUGCCCAUCAUGUGGCUCAUUCACUUGCACAAUAUGCCACUGAAUACCACACGCGAGUACAACCAUACUUUUGAACACUGUAAUGACAUUUGACCACACUUUUUACAACAGACUGCAUGUGUUGUAGCUGCUG